UCAACUAAUAUAGAUAGAUCACAACGCCAUUUAAGUUAAGUUAAUUAGGGAGAUGGAAGGUGCUCUUGUGAGCUACGCUACUGGCACAGCAAAAGCAGUUCUGCCGAAGCUAGCGGGCCUGCUGGAAGAAGAAGUCCGAUUGUUGAAAGGCUUGCGCGGCGAGAUCCAGUUCAUGAAGGACGAGCUGGAGAGCAUGACCGCUUUCCUGAUCCAUCUAUCGGAGAAGCGCGACUACGACACCAAGAAAGUGAGGACUUGGAUCAAGCAAGUGCGCGAGCUCUCAUAUGACAUUGAGGACUGCAUCGACAAGUUCAAGUACCGCGUCGAUGCGCCCGGACGCAUGCGCAGCUUCGUCCGCUCUCUCCUCAGCAACUGCACUCCCACCCCGAGGAUGGUGACGGCUCGUCAUUUUAUCGCGACCGAGAUUCAACUGCUCAAAAUCCGUACUCGAGAUGUCAACGAGAGGCGCGCGAGGUAUGACGUGACCAUUUCUACGUCGGAUGACAAAUCUGGUGCAGCCACCAUUUACAGCCCAGAAGUACACCGUGAGAUGCCUGGGAAAGAAAAAAGUAAGAGCAUGGGCAUUUUCCGAUUUCCAUUUUCCUUGGGCACGUGGAAACGUGGGGUCGAACGUACAACGUCGUUGAGAACGUCCCAACCCGAACUUGUGGGCACUGAAGUGCCCGAGAGGGGGAUUCUCAACCUGUUGAGAGAGCAGGGGACUCAACUCCAGGCGAUCGCCAUCGUCGGCUCCGCCGGCUCGGGCAAAAGCACUCUCGGCAUGCGCGCGUUCCAAAGCGCCGAAACGGCUGAAAGCUUCCAGUGCCGGGCUUCAACCACCGUAUCUCAGACGUUCAAUAUAAAAACGAUUCUCUGCGAUCUCACAGAGCAGGUUGGACCUCCCUUACCUAAAAAGGAUUUGGAGACUAAGGCGCUUGAGGACAAACUGAGAAGUAACUUGAAAGAUAAGAAGUAUCUCAUCGUUCUUGACGAUAUAUGGUCCAUAUCGGCAUGGAAAAGCAUUCAAGCUGCCUUACCCGACAACAACAAGGGUAGCCGAAUAAUAGUAACCACGCGAAAUAAAGAUGUAGCCAACAGUUGCUGCUCUCCCUAUCCCGGCUCCAAUAUCUACGAGAUUAAACCUCUAUCAGAGGAUGAUUGUCGGGAGCUCUUCUUCCGGUUAGUAUUUCGCCCAAAUGGCACUUGUCCUCCAGAAUUAAAACGCAUUUCCAACGACAUCAUACGAAAAUGCAGGGGACUGCCCCUAGCGAUAGUCAGUAUUGCCAGUCUUCUGGCUAGUAAGCCGAGUAAAACUAGGGACGAAUGGCAAAAGAUUUUGGACAGGUUCGGUUCCGAACUCGAAACAAAUCCUAUGUUGGAGAGUAUGAGGCACAUACUGACCCUCAGCUACAACGACUUACCCUACCAUCUCAAGGCAUGCGCCUUGUACUUCGGUGUCUUCCCGGGGGCUGGUAGUAUUAGAAGGAAAAGAAUGGUGAGACGAUGGAUUGCUGAAGGCUUUGUAAGCGAAAUGGUCGGACAGAGUGUAGAGGAUGUCGCGGAGGGCUACUUUGAUGAGCUUGUCGGGCGCAGCAUUAUCCAGCCCGUCGAGAUCAGUCUCGACAGCAAGGUGAAAAGCUAUGCGGUCCAUGCCAUGAUGCUUGAGGUCAUUGUCUCCCUGUCGAUCGAGGAGAAUUUUGUGACUAUAUUCGGCGGCCAAUAUAUGACGAUGAUGCGGCACAACAAGGCGCGUAGGCUGUCCCUCCUUCCAGGCAGUGAUGAUCCGUCGAUGGUCAAUACAAGGAGCUUAUCUCAUGUCCGUUCGCUGACGAUGUUCAGCGACUCCAAACCGCCACGUGUGAUCCCUCCUCUCUUGCGGCUCCUAAGGGUGUUGGAUCUGGAAGACUGCCUAUGUAUCAAAGACGCCCAUCUGAAGAAUGUCUAUAAAUUAUAUCAUCUCAAGUACUUGGGUCUUCGGAACACCGGCGUUUCGAAACUCCCGAAACAAAUAGGGGAGCUAGAGUUCUUGGAGACGCUGGACAUACGGCGCACGGCCAUAGGAGACCUACCGGCCGGAGUUGUCUACCUCCGGUCUCUGAAGCAUAUUCUUGCGGGAUCUACGAGUAGCUUUCUCUACGGCGAUGGCCAGUCGGACUGGUGCAAACCCGUGCGCUUGCCUUGCGGAGUUGGUGACAUGACAUCGCUGCAAACGCUAGCCUAUGUUGAAACCAAAGAGAACGCUGAUAUAGGCCGCCUGACCCAGCUAAGGAAGCUGGGCAUCGUCUCCCAGCGCGAAGAAGGAUGGGAAGAUUUAAACAAGUCUCUUCAAAACUUGAGCAGCUGCCUCCGUUCUCUUGUGUUGCACAAUGUAGGAAGUAAGCCAUCACUGGAGUCCUUGAAAUCGAUAUCAGCAUCAGCCCCUUCUUCCCUCCAGAGCAUUGAUCUCAACGGCCGGCUAGGAAAAUUGCCUCCAUGGAUCAGCAAGCUAGAGAUGCUCUCCGAAGUAACUCUUCGCAACACUCGCUUAGGCAAAGACGCAAUAGGAGAGCUCGGAAAGCUUCAGAGCCUCCUAUAUCUCAGGCUCUAUGAUGGUUCGUAUAACGAAAGAAAUCUGGGAAUUUCUGAGGGAGCUUUCCCAUCCCUCAAGUUGCUGAAAGUUGUUGACUUGGUGACGAUUAAGAUGGUCAAGUUCAAUGAAGGAGCGGCGCACAAGCUCGAAAAGCUUAUCUUAUGUUUGAAGGGGACGGACAAACAGGAGGUGGACAUACAGGGGAUGGAGUAUCUCGGCAGCCUCAAAGAAGUUGAACUGCUUGGAUUCGAUGGUCCGGUAGAUAAUGUGCUUGCGAAACGAGUUACGGAAGCAGCCGGAAAGCAUCCAAGCCAUCCCAAUAUUAAGAUGCCCCGCAGAGGUGGAACCAAGGACGACCAAGUAGUCAUACCGGUAACUGAGGCAAUUGAAAUCGAUAGAAUAUAAUAAAAAGGAUACUCGAGGAUCCGAUCUUGUUUACUUUUUCCGGUGUCUGUCGGUCUAAAUAAAUAAAGGAUGCAAAAAAGGUUUGAAGAAAACAAAAAUUAAAGAGCAAAAAUAACAAGAGGAUUAACUGCGAAAAAAAAGGAGUUGUGGCAUAGCGUAUCUUUAAUUACA